AUUGCAGAAGCGCGCAAAAUACGCUUGAUACGUCGGGCGCAAAUUUGAUUAUUAAAUUUCAAAGAUGUCAUCUACGCCUAUUUGUGAUCGUGUUAAUACAUAUGCUAAUAAAAGCAGAGUUAUACCUGGUUAUGAGGGGAUACCAUACAAUUUAUGUGUUAACGUUAUCGGUUGGGUGGUCUUAAUGUCCGGAUUUACACUAUUAAGAAAACUUGCAUGGGACUAUGGGCGUAUGGCUACAUUUCAACCUAGGAAAAAUAGGUGGACUCUAUUUUCAGAAAUAAACGAUGAAAAUGUCAGUACUGACAAUGCUUCCAUUGAUAGUGUAGAACAAAAUCUAUCUACUAAUGAUCCUGGCUAUUUUUCAUGGAUUGUUAGUUAUUUCAAGUUAACAUCAGCAGAUUUACAAUUAAAAGCAGGAAAUGAUGCUGUUCAAUAUCUUAGAUUUCAUUUCUAUUUAAUUAUUUAUACAGCUAUCACUACAGUUUUCUGUUUGGUUGUUAUACUUCCAGUAAAUAUACAUGGUACACUAAAAUCUCCUGACUUACAAAAAUUCGGUGUUACGACCAUAUCAAAUAUAUCGUCUAAUUCAUCUAGUCUAUGGGUGCAUACAAUAUUUGGCAUUGGAUUUUUUCUAUUGGCAUUUUUUCUAAUGCAACAUUUCUCGAGGCAAUUUCGUCGAGAGUCGACUCGAACACCGAAUUUUUCAGAAAAAACAUUGAUGAUUUCUGGGAUAUCACGUACGAAUUGUUCACGAGCACUCAUUUUAAGGCAUUUUGCAGAACUUUAUCCUGAAUGUCCUGUUGAAGAUGUACAAAUUUGUUAUGAUACUCGAAAACUGAUAAAACUUGAAAAUCAGAAAGAUACUGUAAGAGCUGCUCUACGUUACUCUGAAGAAAGUUGUGAACGUAAACGUAAACGUCCAUUUAUUAUACCAUGUUGUUGUGGUUGGAUGUAUAAAAAAUGUUAUGAAAAUAAUUGUUGUCGUAGUUGUUGUUGGAAUACUAAUAAUCAAAUAAAUUCUUCACCAAAUUAUAUUUCCAAUAAUAGUGAUAAUCAUAUAAAUAAUAUUGAUACUAUGCCAACAUCUGAAACUGUUAACAAUGAAUUAUCUUCAUCAUCUUCCUCUUCUCCUUCUUCACCUAAAAUAAAUUAUAAAAAAUGUAAACUAUGCCUUUGUUGUUCAUGUCCACCACCUACUGAUGCAAUUAAUUAUUAUACAAAUAAAAAAAUGUAUUUACAAAAAGAAAUUGAAAAACAAUAUGAAACAACAAUUAAAAAACCAAUUGGUAUUGCAUUUAUAACCUUCUCAACCAAAUAUGCUGCAGCUUAUGUAUGUAAGGAAUAUCGCAACACUUGUCGACGUUUAAUUAUGUCUAUAAUGUCUAGAACUAGUACUAGUUCAGUGUUGAAGAGUCAUAUGUGGUCUGUUGAUUUUGCACCUGUUCCAAGUAAUAUUAUUUGGGCAAAUCUAGCAGCUACGAGAACUGUAUGGUGGUGUCGAGCAAUUUUUAUUAACUUGUGUGUUUUCUUCGUGGUGUUUUUUCUUACUACUCCUACAUAUGUAUUGAAUUUAGUUAAUACAUUGCAUUUAACUGAACGUCUACAAAUUAAUAAUCCACUAUUGAUUCAAUUUUUCCCAUCUAUUAUUCUUUGGUCAGUGUCUGCUUUAUUACCUUACAUUGUAUUCAAUUCAGAUCGACUUGUUGGUCAUUGGACUAAAUCUGUUCUACAUUUAACUGUAAUGAUUAAAACAUACACUCUAUUAAUUCUAAUGAUUUUAGUACUUCCAUCACUUGGCCUUACAUCAAUACCUGCUCUACUUCAGUGGCUUUUCCCGGAAAUGCAUAUCAUACCACUUGUCCCAGCACAUAAUGGUUCAAAAAUUAUUAAUAUUUCAAGCAUCGAUAAUACUACUAGUAUUAAUAAUAAUAAUGCUACUAAUAAUAAUUCAAGUACAUUUACAUCAUCUUCAUCGAGUCCAUUUAUUCCAAUAGGACCACAGUCAUUUCAGUGGGAAUGUGUUUUUAUGCCAGAUAAUGGUGCUUUCUUUGUCAAUUAUGUAAUUACUGCAGCAUUUAUUGGAACAUCAUUAGAACUUGUUCGAUUUUCUGAAUUAUUUAUUUAUGCUUGCCGUCUUAUGUGUGUUAAAUCACAAGCUGAAAAAGCUGGUGUACGAAAGGCUAGUCAAUUUGAAUUUGAGUUUGGACUGUUUUAUGCAUGGAGUUUAUGCGUUUUCGCUGUUGUCUCUGCAUAUAGUAUUGUAUGUCCAUUGAUUACACCAUUUGGUCUUAUCUAUCUAAUAUUUAAAUAUUUCGUAGAACGUUAUAAUCUCUACUAUGCCUAUUUGCCUAGCCGUAUUGAUUCACACAUUCAUUGGCUUGCAAUCAGUUGUAUGUUAGCUUCUGUGUUUUUAUUACAAUUAAAUAUAUUCAUGUUUAUUGUUUUACGUGCCAAUACUGUUAGUCAUGCUUUAGUAAUUUGUUCAUUAUUGGGUUUAAUAUUCUCUGCAAUAUUAAUGAUUUUCACGAUUGUUACUGGGUGGAUAAUGGCUGGUAGUAGUUCAGCACGUAAACUUCUAUUUAGAAAUGCACAUUUAGUCUCUACCACUGAAGAUGAAUUCGUUGAUCAGCAUAGUCAGUAUAAUAGUUCAAUCAGUGUUCAACGUGGAGGAUCACAUUUGAACGAAAUAACCAAUGCACUUGGUGAUCGAAAACCAGCAGUCGAUGCUACUUUUCCUAUGCAUAGAAAUAACAGUGAUCCGAAUCAAUUUGCUCAACCAUUAACAAUAGAUAAAUCACAACCUAAAAAUUUGAUCCGUUCUGUUCCUCCAUCACCAUUAAUAUUACCUCCAUCACCUCCUGUUACUCCUCCUACAUGUUCUUUACAAGUAUUUAAUAGAAAUGAUAUAAUUAGACAUUCAUAUCCGGUAAGAAUUGAUACUAAUGACCAAUUUGUUGCACCAGUUUUAUUACAUUUACAAAAAAGGCAUAGUGUAGCUAAUUAUAUGAGUACACAAUCUAUAAUUAGUUCAUUAUCCGAGAAUAAUUCUAAUAAUCAUUCACAAUCAGAAGAUCAUAAUAAUUAAAUGAAAUAUAUAUGUAUUCAGUUAUUUUCUACUAUUACUUUUAUAACAACGAAAAUAAUCAUAAAAAAUCGAUUUCAAUUAUCACUAGAGGUUAUAUAUAUAUAUCUUUGUUUAUUUAUAAAUCAUCUUUUAUGUUCUUCUUCUUCUUCUUCCUUUUUUUUGUUGUUCAUUUGUCAUCUUUAAAUCACUUUCUUCAGUAAUUGUUGAUUCAUUCAUUUUCAUGUCAUAAACAUUAUCAUGAUCGUUGUCAUUAUCAUCGUUUGCUUUUUUCAGUUUAGAUUUCUAGAUUUUUCUAUUUACUUUUUCAUUUGUUAUUAUUUAUGUAAGUUGUUUCUUUUUUUUCGUAAUUAUAGUUUAUUCAUAUGAUUUUUCUUUCAUUUGUGCUUAUCUAUAAUAAUUGAAUAAAAUGAUUUACUUUAUAAUUGAUUAUAUAUAACAAGACAAUGUUUAUUUCUGUGAGUUGAAUACCUUAUAGUACUCAUUUACUUACUUACUUACUUACUUACUUACUUACUUACUUACUUACUUACUUACUUACUUACUUACUUACUUACUUACUUGCAUACUCACUUACUUACUUACUUACUUACAUACUUAAUUACUUCACUUACUUACUUACAUACUUAAUUACUUUACUUACUUACUUUAAGCAUAAUUAUUAACUCUCUUCCGUUUUUUCUUUCUUUCAAUGACCGUUGUAUAUAUUGAUUGUGACAAUAAUGAUAAUGGUCAAAUGAAUGUACUUAUCAUAAUUAGGGAGAAAAAAAAGAAAAUUCUGAAAUUAUAUCUGCAUUUUUCGCUUUUGUCUAACUUUUGCACUCUAUCUAUCUAUCUAUCCUGUUUACAAUUCGAGACUAGCUUACUUGUUGCUAUUUUGUAUAUGUUGACGUGGUGAUAUCAUUUAUUGUUUGUUUAAGGCUUAACUACGAUAAUCAUAAUAUUCCAAAGACAAAUUGAUGAUUUCAUUUCGUUUUCUUAAAGUUGACAUUGUUUUUUUCCUCUAAAAAAACAUAUGAAGAAUAAAGUUGUUCCGUUUGGUUUUUUCU